GUGUCCGCCAUAUUUGAUGGAAAUGUCUAUAGCUGACAGCUAUUGUUAAUGUGGCAACUAAAACAUUAACUGAGCUUAGAAUCGACACUUAACACUUAUUCUUAGUCAUUAGGGUGCCUAACCCACCAAAAUGAGUGCAGUAGACAGUAAAAAGUCGAAGAGAAGAAAGAACAAGCCUGCAGUUGUCAAAUCGAAUAUUUCGAGUUCCAAUGGCCCUGUCUCGAAUGAUAUUUUACUAGGCUCCGAACAUGAAACCGAGGGAUGUGACGAGGCGGAGCAUAUUGAGAAGAUGAUGGAUGCGACGGAUGAACUUGAUAUGCCACUGCCCCGAUUCCCACGUGGUCCAAACCCAUACUUUGAAAGAGGGCCUUGUUUGCUAUGUGGUAGUGGCAAGGAACUGCCUGAUGCUGGUAAAGUAAUGGAAGCGCUGGAUGAUAAACACAUUAACACAGACACAAGUGCCAACACUCAGUUGCCACUGUACGUGUGUCCAUCAUGCUUAAAAGCCAGUUCUGACUCUGAGAUGGAAUCUAAGUCUGGAAUAGAUUCUUCUCUUUUGGAUCCUGAUCUUCAGCUAGAUUCUGCAAACCUCUCCUUCCUGCCUGACUUGGAAAACUCGAGAUUUAUGAAUCAGAAUGGAACACAGUGUACUUGUAAAGCAUGUACAGAGAGAAGGGAAAUUGAAGAGGAACAUGACCGCGAGACACAAGAGUUGCAGAAGUGCUGGGCAGACCUGCGAACGUACAUCCGAACAGUGUAUGGAUCUGAAGAACCUAGCCUUACUGAUGACAGAGGGCUGGAGAUACAGGGAUUAGUGAAACGGUUGUGUGCACGUGAUCCACAUCAGCUCUUCUUGCGAAUGGAGUCUCAGGUUCGUGAGUUUGUCAUUGAGAAGAAAGUGCGCCUCCUCAAACAGCUCGAUUGUGGGUACAAGACUCCACCCGAGGCUAAGCAGUUUAUUUCCCUCUUGUUGGAUGAAUACCAUCAGCUUUGUCUGGCAUCCAGGCUCACAUCCAAAUGGUUGAUAGAUUUGAAGGAACACAUUAAAAGGUUCAAUGUGACCUGGGAAUUGCACAACAAACAUCUUGUUCAGUCCAUAGUGUACACUGAUCCAGCCAUACACAAUAGUCUUCAUGUCAUAGUCGAUCAGCUAAGGAUGGGCGCUGCUUCAAAAGAGUCCUACAAUGAGGACACGUAUCCAAAGUUACUGCACGACUUUCUCAAGUUCCAAGAUGAAAUGUCUGUGAUACUUGUGGUGUGGAGGGACUGUCAGCAGCUCAUAGAGGCUUACAAUGAACAACAGACUGCACUGAAAGUGAAGCAGAAAUGGCUGAAAGAGGACUGGGAGUUCUUCAAGGCUCAAAGAAACUUACUAGAAGAACAGGUUCUCAAGAAGCAGCCCAAAAACUCAGCUCUUUCCCAUAGUAUGGAGGUGCAGUUCACAGAGACCAUGAGGAACAUGUUAACAGGGAGUAAGCCAUCUGCUGACGAAUGUCACUGUCCAAGAUGUAACAGAAAGAGGUGUCCGUGCGAUGAAUGCACCAUCACACACAUGAUCACAUGUGGCAUCAUCAAUCCGGAUGCGCUAGAGAGUAACAACACCCCACAAACGUUCAACUUUCCCCACGACCCGAACCGGUAUGUCAUAGACGUCACUCCUCCAUCAAUGUCGAGCACAACCUCAAGCAGUGGCUCGUCUAGUCCGAUAUUGGUUGAACACGAAAGACUCAUUCUUCCUUUUGAUGACUGUCCAGAACAUUUUGAUGGUGAUGAUAUUCCUGAAGAAAUAGAUAGCCAGUCUGACAACGAUUACGAUGACGACGACGACGAAGAUGAUGAAGAGGGGGAUGAGGAACAUGACAAAGCAGACAUGAUUGAUAAGGACGGGGUGAAGUCGGAUGAGCUGCAGAAAAACAUUCAUCAGGCCUGGCUGGGUGAAAAAUCAGAUCCUUGUGAUUGUCACCACUGUAUUCCUGAACAGCCAGAGACCAUGUUGAAGCCUGAAGAGAACCAGUGCCAGUGUCAUGCUUGUAUGCAGCAGCAAGGCCAGACCUUGCCUAUGACUUUUCCCCAGCAUACCGUAGCUCCACGACCAGCCGACCUUCACCUCUACCCACACAUUCACGGCUCCCCUGGUCUGCACGGGAUGCCGCCCAGAGGCAUCCAGUCGGUGCUCUCGCCCCAGCUGUACGAUCUGCACAGUCCACUACGGCAGUCGAAGCUUCCGGUGAAGCUCGACUUCGACAACCCCGACAGCAUCCAGGACCACCUGUACCACGCGUACGGAGACUGGGACAACACGUUCGACCCGCGGAACCUGAUCGGAAGCCACCACCACUACAGCAGCAGUACCAUGGGCUCUGACCUGCUGCCACCGCCACCACCGCCUCUCACCAACACCAUGCCGUACCUGGCGGAUCCUCUGUCGUGUCUUUCAUCUCAGACUGUAACCUGUACAACUACCACAAGUGCUUUCAAAAACAACGUGGGCAAUCAUCUCGUCAACUCGAUUCCCAAGUCGGGCGAUGUCUCCAGUGCCAGUAGCCAGGACCAAGUUCACGGCGACGUGUGUGCCAAUCUGCCUAAAUGUUCCAGUCCGUCUCAGCCCACAGCUAAUCUACCCAGACCUCACGGCCCGCCGUGCACGAGACCAGUUACGCUUGGCGGAAAUACCUCAUCACUGUCCACAGGGUCAGAUAAACUGCAGCAGCAGCAGCAGCUGCAGCAGCGCAAUCAUCACUGCAAGAAGCACAACAUGCCCCUUAUGAACAAAGGUCAACCAGGUCACAACCAUGCUCCUUCAGGUAGCCACGCCCACCAGCCGGACCUGCUGAAGAACACUCCUCGCAACCCCGGGGCCAACAAGGGUGAGGAGUCCCUGCGCUCAAUGGGGAAUGCCAACCUCAACACGAACAUUAACCCUCACCCAUGCUCGCACGCACCACCCGGCAACAAGAACCCGUCGAAUCACAUGUACCAGAAUGCGAGCGUGGCCAUGCCACACCAGGGAGGUUGUAGCAAUUCGGUGUCCAUGCCGACCACCGUGAACAACGUGAGCGUGGGCACGUCGACGGUGUGCAACGACCCCAACUGUGAGAAUCAUAACGAGGACAACUGUGAUAGCAUCGACGACAGCUGUUCGGAAAAGAGCUCUUCCACGUCGGCCUCCAACCAGAAGGACGGGAGCAAGUACUGUGACUGCUGCUACUGUGAAUUCUUUGGGCAUGGCAAUCCACCUGCUGCACAAACCAGCAAGAACUAUGCAGAGAUGAGGGAACGUUUGAGAAGACGCCUUAAACGAAGGCAAACGGAAGGUAAAGGUUGCAACGAGGAUGGGAAAGACGGCAUGGCGAACGAUUCCGACCCGCUGGAGAUGAAAGGUCUGGAGGAACUGCUGAGGUUCAUCAACGGAACAGACAUGGGUCAAGGAGAGGAGAAACCCAGUGCCAAAGCAUCAAAGAGAGCUCGCAGAAAACAGCGUUUGGCGGACCAAAAAGCAGAGGGGGAGAGGGCCAAGUUGUUAAAAGAAAUAGCACAGCACGAAAAAUCUCUUGCACAGAAAAUUUGUGCUGACAAGCAGAGGUCUGCAUCUGAUAUUAGCAGUGACAAGCAACCAUCAGUAUCUUCCAGAAAGAAGAAGAGCAAACACAAAGAGUUGAAGACAACCUCUUGUCAGGAAAAGAUAGAAGAGUCGUUGCCCAAACUGCAGAACGGUCCUCUCUCGAAUCACUCAACCUCUCCAGCCAAAAGCGACAUCAUCACGAUAAAUCGCAUGCAACAGACGGCUCCAUCACCUAAACACAGUAAGAGUAGCAACAACAACCUCCCACCAACAGGAGACACUAAGAAGGAUCCUCCAGGACCCCGGUCACAAGCCCACACGGCAAGUUCUACUCCUGCUCCUGCUUCUGCUCCAGCAGUCACCCAGAAAGGCAAGGUUAGUCAGAGAACUCUUCCACAGAACGGACAGGGUGAUGUCAGUCUGACAAAGAAAGCCAACUCAGUCGAUCUGAAGUAUUUGGAAAACCAGCAGAAAAAUUCCAGCAAUAAUCUGAAGAAUAAUUUCUUUUCCUCCGUGAUUCCCAUUCAGUCUGUAAAACCAGUCCCUGUGCCGGCAGGAAAGGUAGCAGAAGUCGUUUCUGCAGCAAAGAAAGGCAAGAAGCAAGCACAGGCUACUCAACAGCUGCCUCAGUCCCAGCCCGUUCGGCAACAGAAUGGAACUGCUCACCUUCCUGCGAACGCACAACCUUCCCAGAGUCCUGCCAAGUCCGUUGUAAUUGGUCAACAACAACAACAACAGCAGCAGCAACAACAUCAGCAUCAACAACAAAAUCAACAACAACAUCAUCAACAGCAACAACAUAAACAGCUGGUGAACAGUGAGCCGAAAGAACGGAAGUUGGUGGCCAAUGGUACGAUUCCAACUGCUAAUGGUGACAUUGCCAGAGGCCCAGGGAAGAAUAAUAAGAUGAUUGUCAAACCGAAACAGGACUGCCCUGAAAGUCGGACAUCACAAGAGCAGAUGAAGAAUGUGAAGAGCAAAAAAGGUAAAAAGAAGAACAAGACUGGCGAGGAAUCGAGAUGUGUUGAUGAAAUCUUCAUGCCUCGGUCAGAAUCAGAUCUUGAAGAUGGGAACAUGGAUGAAGUUGAAAGGGAAUUGGAGGAAUUUAAAAGAUUCUGCUUUGACAGUCCUAAGCCGAAAAAGAAGGAAAAACUGCAGGUGAAUUUUAACCUGAAGGACAUCUUUGCGAAGAAGAAGUCUGGAAUGGGCUGCAGCUAAGUACUGGGAAGUGCACCGACAUGUUUGGAAAUGGCUGCAGAUAUAUGUAACCAGAGCCAUCCACUCUCUGACUGGCUUACUCAUUGUGAAGAGAUGAAAUGUAUUUUACUUCGGUCUUUACCCAAUUGGUUGGGUAAAACUGGAAUAAAAUUGAUGACUGACUGAACAGAAAAAUUGCAUGAUAUUUGCACAAAUGUAUCACCUGAUUAAUUUUUCGACACUUCGAUGUUCUAGUGUUGAUAAGGAAAGUGGUUUUCUCUUGGAUUGCAUUUGAAAACAGUUGUGUUGGACGUGCGUGAAAUGCAUUGUAUGACUUGCGCCAGUUUCUCUUUGUUUUCUUUCAUACUAGUGCUAAAUUAUCUGGAAAAAAAUAAUUUGUCAUGCUAUGGAGUUAGCCAUUUUACUUUUUUGGGGGAACAUUUUCUAUUGUAUCAUGUGAAAUUUAUUCUUGUUAGUCAUUCAAGAUUAAAAUCCAGUUGAUAUUAACUGGUGAUAGAUGUUCCUACAUUUUUAUUGAAUAAUUGCAUUAUAAUUACGGGGUACUAUUUAUACAUGAUGUUUAUAUGAAAGUGGUUUCUUUUUUUAAAAGACAAAAUUCAUCAUUUGUUUGGAUUUUUUUUUAAUGACUAGACUUGAGAAUGUUAGGAGAGUUUUUUCCCCUUGGAUUGGCUUUGGCAGGCGUGUUGGAUUUUUGAAUGCCCAGUUUACCAAAUACAACCCAGUGUAUUUGAGCAAAAUGGGCUUGAUGUCGAUGUUCUAAAAUAUUUAAUGCUAAUGUUCUAAUGUUGGACGAGAAGACCGGAAUUAAAUGUUUUAUGGACACAAUCUGUAAAGACAUUUUUUUCUUUUAAAAGGUUAUGUUUAGCAAACUACUUCAGUUGAACAUGUAUGCACUGAUGUACAUGCUUACCCCUAAAAUGUCACUGAAACCUUUCUACUGUUGUUGCUAUGCAAGAAACAAAACUAACAAAACAACUGUACAACCCACUUUGGAUUGGCCAGCGUCUUAAAGAACAACAUUGUGAUGCAACUGAAAAUAGUUGAAAUUUGCUCUGUUAUCUUUUAUUUUGCUCGCCUAUGUUGUGCAUAUUUAUUUGUGUGAUUUGAAUGCGGUGGGACGGACACAGAACUGUAUGGUGGCUACAGCUGUGCUUCGUCUGUCACGUGCUUGUGUUUGUAUUUUUGGCCAUCCGAUUGUGGCUUGAAUGCAUGGAAUUGUAUCGUCAUCGGAUUCUCAUUGCAGGCAACUCGUUGUUUGUUGGGCUUGAUUUACCCUCAUGUAUUUUAGCCUGUAUAUUACCUAUAUAAAACUUAAAAGUUACAUGUUUUACA